AUGUCAGCCAGCACCCCUCUAUCCCAUAAAGAUUACACGGUCGGAUGGAUAUGCGCCUUGCCGCUCGAGAUGGCGGCUGCGAAGCUGAUGUUGGAUACAAUACACCCGCCUCUACCCCUCCCGCCAACAGAUCAGAAUACGUACAUUCUGGGAAAUAUUAGAGAGCACAAUAUAGUUAUUGCCUGUUUACCAAGCGGCGCAUAUGGCACAACGUCAGCUGCAACAGUGGCGAUGCAGUUAUUAUCCAGCUUCCACUCCAUCCGGUUUGGCCUCAUGGUUGGUAUAGGCGGAGGGGUACCAAGCAGCGAUGCAGACAUUCGACUGGGCGAUAUCGUCGUGAGCGAGCCAACAGGCACUUUUGGAGGUGUGAUACAAUAUGAUAUGGGUAAAUCCUUGAGCGGCGGUCAGUUCCAGCGUACAGGGAUGCUCAACAGGCCGCCAAAGGUUCUGCUGACUGCGCUCGCCACACUCAAAGCGCAUCACCUCACAGAAGAGAGUCAGAUUCUUACAUUUAUCGCUAAUAUCGAAGCCAAGGCACCUCACGGAGCUGCGAAUUUCGUCCGACCAAGCCACGCGGACUGUUUAUACCAGGUGGAAUACGAGCAUGGAGGAUCGAAUGACUGUUCUGGUUGUGAUCGGUCCAGACUUGUUUCAAGACCUUCACGGGGUCAUGAUGAACCUGUCAUUCACUAUGGACUGAUUGCAUCUGCAAAUCAGGUAGUUAAAUAUGGCAGGCAUCGAGACCAGCUGGCGGAAGACUUGGAGGUUUACUGCGUGGAGAUGGAGGCUGCAGGGCUCAUGAACGACUUUCCCUGUAUAGUCAUUCGGGGAAUUUGUGACUAUGCUGACUCUCAUAAGAACAAGGACUGGCAAGGAUACGCAGCAGCGGUGGCAGCGGCCUAUGCUAGAGAGCUUCUUUUGGUGGUUCCAAUCAAUCAUAUUGAAAAUACUCCAACAGCGCAAGAAGCUUUGGCAAAUGCUGCACCCUGCUUUGAUGUCCCUUUCGACUUAGCCACGGUGCCCGUGAUUCAAGAUUUCUUGGGACGGCAAGACGAGUUAGAGCACUUAUGGGACUAUUUACAACCAGCAAUUCCCCAGUCCCAGAAAGUUGCUGUGCUUCAUGGGCUCGGCGGUAUAGGGAAAACACAGCUCGCAAUUCGCUUCGCGCGUGAUCACAAGAAGGACUUUAGUGCUGUCCUUUGGCUAAGUGGCAAGGAUGAAGGCACGCUCUUACAAUCUUUGAGCUCAGUAUUACCCCGAUUACCAGGAGAGUCCUGCGAUAAUAAGGCGGUAAAUGAUGAGGAAGUGGAAAAAAGAGCUAGGAAAGUGUUGAAGUGGCUGUCAGCAGAGGGAAAUUCACGGUGGUUAAUCAUUUUUGACAAUUUCGAUCAAUAUUCUCCCAUCGACAGCGAUGUUGACGAUGGAUAUGACAUCGCCCAGUUCUUCCCCACGGCAGAUCACGGCUCUAUUCUUAUUACUUCUCGGCUACACGGUUUGACGGAGCUUGGGAAGUCUUUUCCAGUCCACAAACUUGAGUUUAAGGAUGCAAUUCAACUGCUCCUGCAAAGCAGCGGUCUGUCGGUAGAUAAUACCACGGAAGACCUUGAUAGCAAUCUAGAUUACGUUGCCCUCGCCGACUGCCUGGAUGGACUGCCGCUAGCAAUUGUCAUCGCUGGAGCAUUCAUGCGCGAAACCGGAACGAGCGUUGAAGAAUAUUUACAGCUCUAUAAAGAUUCAUGGGCAGACUUGCAGUCUUGUUCCAGGCCCACACGCCACUACCAACAAGGAAACAUACUAGAGACAUGGAUGAUCACGUAUAAGGAAAUCCAGGAAAGUGAGCCAGAAGCUGCAAUGCUGCUGCUCUUACUUGCCUGCUAUAAUAACCGGGAUAUCUGGUUCGAAUUGAUUCAGCACGGCUUGAAUUGCACCGACCUGCCAGACUGGUUUGGCAUGUCAGUCUGCAGCAAACUAUAUUUCAAGACAGAGAUCAAGAUACUAGUUGGGUUUUCCCUUGUUGAGACAAAUCAAAAGGAGGGCAGUUAUACAUUACAUCCAGUGGUACAGGACUGGUGCCUUUACAUGGCCGAGUCAGACAAACAUACAGCUCAGCUAUAUGGACUGGCGCUGGUCUCGGUUGGGUCUAUGAUCCCGGCCCCGAACAACCGAGACUAUGCAAGGCUUCAGCGGCGGUUACUUCCACAUGCAAACCAUCUGCUUCGCACGAAGAGGUACUGGCCAGACGAAGGAAUUGAUGUGUGGAAAGUUUUAGCCAGCUUAGGGAACCUCUAUCAGACUUUGGGCAAGCUAAAAGAGGCAGAAUGGAUGUAUCAGCAAGCACUGGCAGGCUUUGAGAAGAUCCUGGGUCGGGACCAUGCAUCUACCCUUGAUACAGUCAACAAUCUUGGUGUUCUCUACUGGGUCCAGGGUAAGUUAAAAGAGGCGGAGGAAAUGUAUCAGCAAGUACUUGAAGCUUCUGAGAAGACACUGGGCCCAGAUCAUACAUCUACUAUUCUGGCAUUCAAUAAUCUUGGUCUUCUCUAUAGAGAUCAGGGCAAGCUGGAAGAGGCGGAGAAGAUGCAUCAGCAAGCACUAGCAGGCUAUACGAAAGUGCUCGGUCCACAUCACCCAUCCACUAUCACAAUAGUCAGCAGUCUUGGGAAUCUUUACAGAUAUCAGGGCAAGCUAAAAGAUGCAGAAGAUACGCAUCAGCAAGCACUGGCAGGCUUUAAAAAGGAACUGGGUCCAGAUCAUACAUCCGUCCUUGAGUCAAUUCAUAGCCUUGGUACUAUCUACAUGGAUCAGGGCAUGCUAAAAGAAGCAGAAGAGAUGUUUCAGCAAGCACUGGCAGGCUUUGAGAAGGCACUGGGUCUAGAUCAUAUAUCUACCCUUGGUGCAGUCAACAAUCUGGGUCUUCUCUACUGGGCCCAGGGCAGGCUGAAAGAGGCAGAGAAGAUGCUCCAGCGAGCGUUGACAGGUUAUAGAAAGGCACUGGGUCCUGAACAUUCUAACACACAAACAGCGGCUAAUUAUCUGGCCUCUCUUGCUACCUUUGUCGCUAAAGCAGGCAAUACUCCUUUGACACCACCCACCAUCCUCCCGGCAGCUCAGGUAGUCCAGCUAGUCCAGGCAGCCCGGGAAUUAGACCUCAAUCGCCGCCACAGCUCUGUACCCGAAAGCCCACAGUAA